AAAAGGUAAAAGGUGAAAAAAAACUCCAAAAUUAGCGAGGAGAGUGUGAUGUGAAUCAGACAUUUCUAUUGUCGCGUCGAUGACUAAAAUCCAUUCCACGGAGCCCAGCGAAAUUCAAUGUCAGAUAUCAAACCACCCUUUCGGAGAUGGAAAAUGAUUCUAAUUAUCUGUUUCCAUCGACUCGCGGAAACAGAAUUAUGAUUUCUUAGCUAUCUUCCCCCGUUUUGUUUAUUUCGUUUACCUAACCCUAGCUUUUCUGUUAAUUAUAAUAGUAAUUUGUUUUUGCCUUAAAACAAAGACGGAAAGUUAGAUCUUUUAUAUUCUUCUUCUUCUUUUGUUGAAUUUUUGAAAUUCUUUUACGUGAUUAAAAUUUUCUGUGUUUGAAUUGUAGGAGCGGUUGACUGGGUGUUUACUGUAUAGUGUCUCCAUAUAUUUUCCUCCUUUGUUUGGGGAAAGUUUUCCGAAUUAAGGUUUCAAGUUUUAGUUAGGGCUUGGAAUUGAUGGAGCCUCGUGUCGGUAAUAAGUUUCGACUUGGUCGUAAGAUCGGUAGCGGCUCUUUUGGAGGGAUCUGUUUGGGUACGAAUAUUCUGACAAAUGAAGAGGUUGCCAUUAAGCUUGAGAACGUGAAGACAAAGCAUCCUCAAUUGUUAUAUGAAUCGAAGUUAUACAGAAUCCUGCAGGGAGGAACCGGGAUUCUAAAUAUAAGAUGGUUUGGAGUAGAGGGAGAUUAUAAUGUUAUUGUUAUGGAUUUGCUUGGACCUUACACUGUAAAUAUUUUGGCAUCAUUUCAGACUAGCUGUUACAUAUCAGGAAUUGCUCCUUUUGGUGAUUCUUUGGUUGUUCUAGCCUAUAUUCUUGGUGAAGAAGAUGGAGAAAAGGAAUUUAGUUGCACAAUACCUUCAAGACAGCAGGGAAAUGCACAGAGACCAGAGGUUCGCAUUGUGUCUUGGAACAAUGAUGAAUUGGCAACUGAUGCCCUACCAGUACAUGGCUUUGAGCACUACAAAGCAAUGGAUUAUUCCUUGGCACAUGCUCCCUUCUCAGGCAGCAGUUAUGCCGGUGGACAGUGGGCUGCCGGUGAUGAACCAAUAUACUAUAUUGUAUCACCAAAGGAUGUUGUCAUAGCGAAACCUAGGUUGUCCCGUUGAUGAUUGUAGAUUGUAAACAAGCAGUUAAUUUGUUGCUCCAAAAUCGGGACUUAAUUACACCAUCUGAAGUUGUUUCACAGCUUCUGAAUACUAGAAAAAAGUGUGAUACGACAGCCUUUUCUUAGGAACAUACCCAACAGUGCACGCAAAGCUUGUUGAUUUUCAAAAAGAACUUGUAAACUUGCAGGUUGUGGAGAAUAAUCCCAAAUACUGGGAAGUUAUGUCAUCAACACUUGCUGUGGGUUGGCUAGAUAUCGUGAGAUCGGGUUUGCAUUGCCAUGGAUGGGGCCUUUUCAAGUGGCAUGCCAAUUGGAGUAAGACCUUAUGAAGCAAAAUAUCUGUGCAAGAAAUGACAGGACGAUACUAGCUCUGCAUCAUUGUUUUCCCAUAUAAACUGGAUUUAUCUCUUUGAAUUUAAGCGCCUCAUUGUGACGAAGAGUUUUGAAGAAUGUGUAAGAUUAGAAACAAAAUAUCUUAG